CCCUAGUACUACCAAACGGCCCUGCUUCCGAGUACCAACCCGGUCCGAACCUGCUUAACUUUUUCAGUUCACCGAAGUCCAAUCCAUGCUGCCGCCCACCUGGGCGGGCAUUAAGUAAAACAUGUGGAAUUGCAGCCCACGAACCAGUGUUAAGGACGGUUCAAACGGGAUACCGGACCACCUGCCAGGAUCAAAAACAGUCCCUUGGUAGCUCCCGACUCUGGGCCACGUUCGUGACCGCCUUCCCGAACUUACCCGGCUCGCAGGAAGAGGCAAAGGGGAGAAGCCUCGGCUCGACGGUACCACCUUCGCGGCGUGUUAAUGAGCUGCGGCGACCGUUGCCAUGGACGCAGCCAGGCCGGGAUUCCACGGAGGAGGGCGGGGGGGAAGCUCGCCUGCACAGCUUGAGAUCCCGGCUCCCUGGCGGCGAUUCCUGCGCCGCGUUUUACGACAGAAUUGAGAGCAAUCCAUACAAAUCAAUGAAGAAACUCAGAGCUUUAGUACAAGUGUCUAUCCAGAAGCAAAAGACAGCAGCAAAACAAGGAGCUCCUAUUCUAUUUCAGAUAGUAUGUUGUGUGGUUUGCCCUUUCUGUAUGGGUACAACACAUGCACAUAAGUGAGUCUUUAACUAGACUCAUAGUAUGCUAACUCAUCGUGUGAUGUUCUUGUGCCUUAGCAUAUUGUUGUAAUUUGUAAAAGAUGGCCUAUUUGAUUUAUAAUAAAUACACUUCCUCCUCCAAUUUUUCUUCCAAACAACCAUGUGAAAUAGGUUGGGCUGAGAAAGGCACCCAAUCAGCCUCUAUGGAUGCUUAUUCCUACUCCUACUCCCCAUUCCUACCCCAAAAUCUUAACCACUGCUACACUCUGGCUUUCUGGUGUUGCUUAUACUCAGCAAAUUGUGUCAAUAAC